GCCAUGAAGAUCGCCGUGAUUGGGCAGAGCCUGUUUGGCCAGGAAGUUUACUGUCACCUGCGGAAGGAGGGACAUGAGGUCGUGGGCGUUUUCACUGUCCCAGACAAGGAUGGAAAGGCGGAUCCCCUGGGCCUGGAGGCCGAGAAGGAUGGAGUGCCAGUGUUCAAGUUCCCCCGCUGGCGGGUGAAAGGACAGGCUCUACCCGACGUGGUGGCGAAAUACCAGGCUUUGGGUGCUGAGCUCAACGUCCUGCCCUUCUGCAGCCAGUUCAUCCCCAUGGAGGUCAUCAAUGCCCCCUGUCACGGCUCCAUCAUCUACCACCCAAGUCUGCUCCCCCGGCACCGAGGGGCCUCGGCCAUCAACUGGACCCUUAUUCAUGGAGACAAGAAAGGGGGUUUUACCAUCUUCUGGGCAGAUGACGGUCUGGACACUGGGGACCUUCUUCUCCAGAAGGAGUGUGAGAUCCUCCCGGAUGACACCGUGAGCACUCUAUACAACCGCUUCCUCUUUCCUGAAGGCAUCAAAGGGAUGGUGCAGGCUGUGAGGCUGAUCGCCGAAGGCAAAGCCCCCAGACUCCCCCAGCCUGAGGAAGGAGCCACCUACGAGGGCAUUCAGAAGAAGGAAACAGCCAAGAUCAACUGGGAGCAGUCAGCAGAGGCGAUUCAUAACUGGAUCCGAGGGAACGACAAGGUGCCAGGCGCCUGGACAGAGGCCUGUGGGCAGAAGCUGACUUUCUUCAACUCAACGCUAAACACUGCAGGCCUGGUGCCCGAGGGAGAAGCCUUGCCUAUCCCAGGAGCCCAUCAGCCGGGGAUAGUCACCAAAGCGGGACUCAUCCUUUUCGGGAAUGAUGACAGAAUGCUUCUGGUGAAGAACAUCCAGCUGGAGGAUGGCAGGAUGAUCCCAGCCUCACGCUUCUUCAGCGGAGCAGACAGCAGUGUCCUUGAGCUGACAGAGGCAGAACUGGUCAUGGCAGAGACUGUGCAGAGUGCCUGGAAACGGAUUCUCCCCAGUGUCCUUGAGGUGGAAGACUCCACUGAUUUCUUCAAGUCAGGGGCUGCAUCAGUGGAUGUUGUGAGACUGGUUGAGGAAGUGAAGGAGCUGUGUGAUGGACUGGAAUUAGAAAAUGAAGAUGUUUACAUGGCAACCACCUUUGGGGACUUCAUCCAACUAUUAGUGAAGAAGCUACGAGGGGACAACAAAGAGAGCGAGUGCAUCAUUGACUAUGUGGAAAAGGCGGUGAACAAGCUCACCCUCCGAAUGCCCCACCAACUCUUCAUUGGGGGACUGUUUGUGGAUGCUGAGGGUGCCAAGACCUAUGAGACCAUCAACCCAACAGACGGAAGUGUCAUCUGCCAGGUGUCCCUGGCCCAGGUUAGCGAUGUUGACAAGGCAGUGGCUGCCGCUAAGGAUGCCUUUGAGAAUGGAUUGUGGGGGAAGAUCAGUGCACGGGAUCGAGGCCGGCUCCUGUACAGGUUGGCAGACCUCAUGGAACAGCACCAAGAAGAGCUGGCCACCAUCGAGGCUCUGGAUGCAGGCGCUGUCUACACACUGGCCCUGAAGACCCACGUGGGCAUGUCCAUCCAGACCUUCCGCUACUUUGCUGGCUGGUGUGACAAAAUUCAGGGCUCCACCAUCCCCAUCAACCAAGCCAGACCAAACCGCAACCUGACCUUGACCAGGAAGGAGCCUAUUGGGGUCUGUGGCAUCGUCAUCCCCUGGAACUACCCCCUGAUGAUGCUCUCCUGGAAGACGGCUGCCUGCCUGGCUGCUGGGAACACAGUGGUGAUCAAGCCUGCCCAGGUGACUCCACUCACAGCCUUGAAGUUUGCAGAGUUGACCUUGAAGGCUGGCAUUCCCAAGGGCGUGGUCAAUAUCCUCCCUGGGUCUGGCUCGCUGGUUGGCCAGAGACUCUCAGACCAUCCCGAUGUGCGGAAAAUUGGGUUCACAGGUUCCACAGAGGUGGGAAAACACAUCAUGAAAAGCUGCGCCCUGAGUAACGUGAAGAAGGUCUCCCUGGAGCUGGGCGGGAAGUCGCCCCUCAUCAUCUUUGCUGACUGUGACCUCAGCAAGGCUGUGCAGAUGGUAGAAGAGGUGAAGAGGAUGAAGAUCGGUAACCCUUUAGACCGGGACACCAACCAUGGGCCGCAGAACCACCAAGCCCACCUACGGAAGCUAAUAGAGUACUGCCAGCGUGGCAUGGAGGAAGGGGCCACGUUGGUCUGUGGUGGGAGUCAAGUCCCUCGGCCAGGUUUCUUCUUCGAGCCAACUGUUUUCACGGAUGUGGAGGACCACAUGUUCAUAGCCAAGGAGGAGUCCUUUGGGCCCAUCAUGAUCAUCUCUCGGUUUGCUGAUGGUGACGUGGACACCGUGCUGUCUCGGGCCAAUGCGACAGAAUUUGGCCUGGCUUCUGGCGUCUUCACCAGGGACAUCAACAAGGCCCUGUAUGUUAGCGACAAGCUGGAGGCAGGCACCGUGUUUGUCAACACAUACAACAAGACCGACGUGGCCGCUCCCUUCGGAGGGUUCAAGCAGUCCGGCUUUGGCAAAGACCUUGGAGAGGAGGCCCUGAACGAGUACCUGCGGGUCAAGACAGUUACUUUUGAGUACUGA